AUGGCCGGACAAAACCGCUACCUCAUCUGGGGCGCCCACGGCUGGAUCGGCAGCCAACUGAUCGAAAUCCUGCGCGCCCAGGGAAAAGACGUGCACGGGACGACGGCGCGCAUGCACGAGCAGGAGGCGGUGCGUCGCGAGCUCGAGGAGAUCCAACCGACGCAUGUCAUCAACUGCGCGGGCAAAACGGGGCGGCCGAAUGUCGACUGGUGCGAGGAGCAUCGGCUGGAGACGAUGGAGGCGAAUGGGCUCGGGACGCUGCUGCUCACGUAUGAGUGUGAUAGGAGGGGGAUUCAUUGUACCGUGAUGGCGACGGGGUGUAUGUAUACGAGUGCGUAUAAUGAGGCAAGGGAUCGGGUUGUUGGGAAGCCGUUGUAAGUCUCCAAACGCCAACCCCCCCCUUUACCCACCAACCUUGCUCACCUCACGGCCACUCCAGCACGGAAGACGACCCCCCCAACUUCACCGGCUCCUUCUACAGCGCGACCAAAGCCCCCAUCGAGACCUUCCUGCGCCACUACCCGCACAACCUCGUCCUGCGCCUGCGCAUGCCCGUCUCCGCCGACCUGAACCCGCGCUCCUUCGUGACCAAAAUCCUCAAAUACGACCGCGUCGUCAACAUCCCCAAUUCCCACUCCCUGCUGCCCAACCUGCUCCCCGUCGCCAUCGCCAUGGCCGAGCACCGCGAAUCCGGCGUCUACAACUUCACCAACCCGGGCGCCAUCGGGCACAACGAGGUCCUGGGCAUGUAUCGCGACCUCGUGGAUCCGAGCUAUGCGUGGAAGAAUUUCACGCUGGAGGAGCAGGCGGGCGUGAUUAGGGCGGAGAGGAGCAAUUGUUGGUUGGAUUCGACCAAGUUGGUGGAGAAGGUGAGGGAGUAUCAGGCGGAAGGGUUGGACUUGGAGGUUCCGGAGAUCAGGGAGGCGUAUAGGCGGUGUUUUGCGGAGAUUGCUGCGGGUGGGGAGGUGCAGCAGAUGGGUGGUGCGGGGAAGAUGGGUGUGAGUCGGCCGGAGGAUGCUGGGUUGCCUGUUGCUUGA